CAGGUGCUGCAGCGGCUCGAGUCAGAACCGGCGUGUGUGCGCGCGACAACGGUGCGGACGUCGCGGAACAGCCCGGCCUUUUAGAGCUCCAGAUGAUGUUGUAACCUUUGAUCACACAAGAAAUGCUUCAUUGCUGGUACCUGCAGUCUUUCCUGGAGAGAGCAGUGGAGCAGAAAUAAUUAAAGCAUGAACAAAACAAAGCAUCUCAGAAGAAGCCCCCUAGGCUGGGUGAGGACCAGGCUUCCUCUCUCUCUCUCUGUGGAUCCCAGUGAUGAUUCUGGAGAUGUAGCUGUUCUUUAAUGUGAGUACCUGGAGAGCGGAGCCCUGCUGUCUGUGGCUCGGAUUUCUGGAAACCGUCUGAGCAGCCUGGCGGCAACCCCCUUCAUCAUCUCACCCUCUUUCUUCUUAAAACAUCCAUCCUUUCGCGCUUCCGUGUCAAUUUGCUAUGACAUACAUCAGUGUUGAUGAGAGACAGGAGCACUGUCGGGUCAUUCUGAGCUGCCGAAAUAAUCAGCUGUACUCAAAACAUGGCUUAAAGGACUGCUUGGUUGGCAGCAUGCAUCCACUAAAGAACUCAGACACUCGCGUUUUUACCAGAGACUUUAACCCAGUGAGCAAAGCAGAGACCACUGUAAGGGCACAUCUGUAUCGGAGUGUGGAGAAUCUCCACUGGGCCACAGGGGCUGAUUCAUGUUGUCACCCCUGCUGUGGGAACAUAGACAAUGAACUUGUUUUCCAUUACAAAGGCACCAGACAUUGGUCCAUGGAAGGUUCGCCCUCCUCCAGUUCACCUGAAUGUUGCCAGUGUUUCCCCUUUCCACCAGAGCAAAUGCCACCACCAGCACGGGACGUAGCUCUUCCUCCUAGUGCCAAAGUGCCUCCGUGGCUUUUCCCCUCCAUAGACCGAGACGCCAGAAAGAACCUGAAGGAAAAACUUAGAAUCCACAGUACGAAAACUACGGCGAUUUGCAAGCCUCUCAGACCUCAGGCUUCCUUGAAUGACCUGGUUGCGAGAGAGUGUUCAGAAUGUCGGGCAUGUCAGCAACAUAAGAACGGUUGUUCAGUGAACUACUGCACCGUGUUUGCGCAGCAUGCUAGCCUCAUUCACGGUCCAUGGAUGGCACUUGGAAGGCAUCGGCCAUGCUUCUCUAGUCAGCUGACCAACCCAGAAGACAUCAAACAAGAAGCCCAAAGAAGGUUGCAGAUCAAGAGGCAGAACAGCUCACCCAACCUGACCCUUCACUGUUCCAGUGACAGCCAGCAGAUGGUCAAAUCCCGAACUGCCGGAUCUUUAAAGGCACAUGAGGGGGAAGGCUACACCAGAAGGACUUUGGAACAGAACAGAAAAGGAGACUGCAAAGAGAGGCUCUACAUUCCCACUUUUGAAGAGUUCAAGAGGAUGAGAAACCAAGGGACAUGUUCUGCAAAUGGAAGCAAGGAAACAGCAAAAGCAGUGGAGGAGAGGCCACAGAAGUUAGAAGGAAAAAGAAACCAGAACCUUUGUUCAGCUACCCAAAGGGAUUUUGCCAAAGAAUUGGUUUCAACCGUUGAUGAUUAUGAUGAAGUGUUUCAUGAAAAUGCCCCGAGUGUUUCUGGAUUUGUGGGUUAUCAAGAUAGUUCAUCCACCUGGGACAGGAGUUUCUGCCUGAUGAACAUACCUGUGACUAGGGACAGGAAUGACGAGGUGUCAAAUUCUGAUAUGAUCCCAGUGGCCAUUUGUUCUAGUCCAGUUCCAAGAUCACCACUGCAAUCUGCUGCUGUUGCUGGGGAGGAAGGAGAGAAGACCUUGGGUGAAGCGGAGAAACAAGAACUGGAUGCAAGACAACUAAGUGAAGUCCUUCAACAUGCUGGCCAGUCCCUUGCGCCUGAAACCCAGUCUUCUUGCUGCCCAUUGCUACUGGAAGUGACAGAUAUAUCCAGUUAUGGAGCUAAGCUACAGAAGAUGAAAGAUGAAUUUAUAGGUUCUGCAUUGGACAUCAUUAAGAAGAGUUGCACUGCCGAAACUGACCAUGAGCCUUCCUCCAAAGGAUCAUGUGAACGUAAGAAGUCCGACCUCACAUUUGCGGAGGAAUGCCCUCAGUCCACGAGCUCAAAUCCCAACUGCCGCAGAUCCAGUUCCGACAUCUCCUACGAAACAUCAGACUGCACCAAAGCUCAGCGGGAGUGUCGGUUAAGGCCCCAUUUCAGCGAUCCGAUGCCGACGGAUGCUGUGAAGAGGAAACAGCUGGAACUGAAGAUAGCCGCCGCCGCACGGCAGCAUGCCCAGAAGCGUCGACAAGAGAGAGACCCCAGUACGUCCCCUGCUCUUGAUGUCGUUUGUAGCUCAAAUCCCAACUGCCGCAGAUCCAGUUCCGACAUCUCCUACGAAACAUCAGACUGCACCAAAGCUCAGCGAGAGUGUCGGUUAAGGCCCCAUUUCAGCGAUCCGAUGCCGACGGAUGCUGUGAAGAGGAAACAGCUGGAACUGAAGAUAGCCGCCGCCGCACGGCAGCAUGCCCAGAAGCGUCGACAAGAGAGAGACCCCACACUGAUGAAGGCCAACAGCAACGGUGGCAGCAACCCUGAUGAGAACCGUCGUGUUUGGGGCAGUUCUUUUCGUUCUAGACACCGCUGGAGCAAUGUGAGCAGUCUCAGUGCUGACAGUGGCAUUGUGGGUGGGCUCGAUGACAGGGACAAUCCUGACACCGGCAGCGGAGGGGUGCCAAAGAUGAGAUUGGCUGAGAUGGAGCGGGCAGACAGCGGCAUCAGUCAAGUGCUGAGUAGAAAGUGGAGGAGUCGGGCCUCUGAAACACUGGCGUCUCUGCAGGCUUGGGAAGCCCACCAACCUUGUACGGACUGUGGUGGAAGAGAUUUCCCACUGGAAACCGAUGUUCAGAACCAGAACAAGAGGCGGGCCAACCUCUGUGAGAAAUGCCUGAAGUGCCGGACAGAGCGGAAGGAGUCGGUGCUGGAGUUUGUCAACACUGAAGCCAGCUAUGGGGAGGACCUGCGCAUCAUCAAAGAGGAGUUCUACCUCCCUAUGCAAGCUGCCGGCCUCCUCACGCAGGAACAGUUGCUUGUAGUUUUUGGCAACAUCCAGGAGCUGAUCGAUCUCAAUGAAAAUUUUCUGGAAUACCUUCAGGAAGAGAUAGACCAGGCCUUUGAGCAGGGUGAUGAGGACCUCAUGACGGUGUGCAUUGGCGAAAUAUUCCUUGAGUUCGUCAAUAUGCUGCCUGCCUUUCAGACCUACUGCCUCCAGCAAUCGUCUUCAGUGAACAUGCUGAACGCAUUGGAAAAAGAAAAGGAGUUACUCAGGAUAUUCCUCAAUGUUUCUCAAAAUGACAACACAGCACUUCGCCGAAUGAACCUGCGGUCUUUCCUCAUGGCUCCACUGCAGAGAGUCACCAAAUACCCACUACUGCUGAGUCGUAUCAUCAAAGCCACCAUUGAGUACCACCCGGAUCACAGCAGCCUGAGGGAAGCCAAGAGCCGCAUCGAGUCCCACCUGGAGCACAUCAACAUGAAAACUAAGCAGGAAGGGAACUCCUGGACUCUGCGCUCCUUCCGCCAGGACAGCAAGAAGAACAGAGAAGUCAUUAACAUUGAAAUGAGAGAAACUGCCAUCAAGACUGUGGGCUGGCUGAGGGAAGAGACGCGUUUUGUGAUGGAAGGGUCCCUGCAGCUUGCCCAGCCACCUGACGGGCAGUGGGUGAAAAAGGGCAGCAAGACCUUAAAAUUCCAAAACAUGCAGGUGCUCCUCAUGGUCAACAUCAGACGUGCAUCUGAAUCUAGCUUUGAACCUGGGGAGCCAGGGUCUGUGAAAGAUGCCGUAUUGGUACUUAUUAGAGACAAAAACAAUGGGAAAUUCAGUUUGCUCAGGGAGCCCUUGAGACUCAGCAACUGCGUGGUGUCGGUGGAUCCUGAUUGCGAUGAUACAUUUGAACUUCUUGAGAUUAGGCGGGAGUCCUUUGUGUUCCGAGAUGGUGACAAGGCACGGACUCACCACUGGUUCAGACAGAUACGGAGAUACUCUCGGGAGCUGGGCUCCUGGAAGAAGCGGCGUAAUGCUUUGCCUAACAUCAUGAUUAGUGCAUCUCACAAUAGAUCAUGAGAGGAUCCUGCUGUGAAAUGACUUGGCUAAGCUUUAAAGUUUCACUAGAUCUGUUUUGGGUCCAGUGUCUCCUUUCAGCAGAAUUGCAUAAAGGAUGACCUUCACCCGGCCAAAUGACAUCGUAGCUACCUAUUGACAACUCCAUUUUGUACUGAGAAAGACUUUCUAACAAGUACUAUUUGAACAGUGUUUCUCAGAUUCUGGAAAAAUUGUGCUCCAUUUUUAAACUUGUUAGAUCUUCCGUACAACCCAACCUGAAAACCUCAUUGGGUAUACCUACCUGGCACCUAAAACCUUUUUGCCACUUUACUGCCAUCUGUGUGAUUCCUGUUUUUUAAAAAAAACAUUCAAAAUAUACACAGCUGCUCCUCCUCUUUUCAGCCACCGAGCAGGCCCCCGUUCCAUUCUACGAUGGUUUGCCCAAUGUCACUUGCAACAGUCUGGAGUUUAUACUCCAUGCCUUCUUUGCAGCAGAUCUGCGGAGACAGAAACUCAUUGUGGGAAACUGUGAGCCUCCUUGUUGGCCUGCUACCAAUAAGACAUACAGAAAGUGUGCAUCGUAUUUUGUAGGUGUCCCAUGAGCUUGUCCCAGAGGCCCACAUUCCCUAUUUUGGGAAACAAUGCCUCAAGUGGUUGGGGGGUGGGUGGGAAAAAGGCAGAUCUUGAGAAAAAGCUGAUAGGUCAAGCCAAUCUUAAAAUAACUUACCAAGCUGACAGCAACAUAAAAGCACUGUCAACUUGAAAAACUACCUGUUAAGGGUUGAAUGAAAGUUACAUGUGAGGAGCCACACAUGAACUUCAGGAAUACAGGGAGUUCCGUUCUGGUUGACAAAGGGAAUAGUUUCACCCACUUGACAACAGGCUUAAGGAGCAGUCAGGAGAGCCACUCUUUAGCACUAGAGUUACAAUCUCUAGCUUCUGAGCAGUGGGAAUCUUUUGCACAUUUUGUAAGUAGGUAUAAUGGCAAAGACAACCAUGUUGUGCGUUGUCCAUCUGUGGGAAAUACAGGCUUUAGCCUGUGAACUCUUGCUCAAGGAAGGCAGGCCCUUCAGAUUGUUGGCCCACUUGAACUAUCUUCUGUAUGGUAGUUAGGAGUUAUUGGCACCAGAUCGCGAGGAGCAGGUCUCUAGAAAGAAAAUAUUGAGCUAAGAUUGUUAAUAUUGUGGGGGAUAAGAUAAAGAGUGCAAGAUAUUUGACACUGCAUGAUUGUGCUGGGGAGAGGGAUCUUGAAAAUAUAUAACAGAGGUUUCAUUGUGUGUAUAUUCUAACAUCAAGGUCAAACUUAGAACAGUAUUAAUGAAGUUGUGGAGAAUGUUUAGACAGUAUCAUUAUCUUGUCAUUCCAGCUUGCUCUCCUAGGAAAUAUUUUCUUUAGCAGUUGUUUUCUUCCUUUUUUAAGAAAAAUAAAAGGAAAACUGUCAAUUUCCCACUUCAACCCUCAAGACCAGAUAAGCGCAAGGUUACUGAAUUGUAUUUUGCACUGAACGCAUGUCACAUGGAAACUGAAAGGAAGGCCAAAAUAUAUUCAGAGUUCACCCAUAAACAUUCCAAAAUAUCUACAUAAUCCUGUAGAUAAGCAGUACUCUCUCUCUUUAAGGAUCACUCUACUUGUUUGCAAAUGGUUAAAAAUCCACUGUAGCACCUCAAGGAAUGUGAUACAUCAGAAAUAGUUCGGAAUUGUGCUUCUGUUAACAACGCUCAAUUACCUCUAUUAGUUUGUGAUUAU